CAGCUCCAAACCACGUGACGUUCAAGGACGACGCUCACAAAGAUGGCGGCCUCCCUGAGGAACAUGAAUCUGACAAUAUGCAGACUUGUCAGAGUUUUCAGCCAAACCAGACACUUAGCAAACAUCACAACAUCGGUACAGACCGACUCCAGGUCUGAUGCUCAGAAGUCGUCUGGUCUAAUUGAGUCAACAGAAGAGUAUGCAUUUGUUGAGAGGUUAAUACCUUCCUCUCGUGUUCCUAAACCUCCUACACAUGAUGGCCCUACUCCUUCCGGCUGGAUUCCACCAUCAGAGGUUCCUCCUGAUUUGCCAUACAUGAUUCGACGCUCUCGCAUGCACAAUGUACCAAUCUACACGGACAUCAAACACGGGAGUCAAAAGUCUACUAUAGUGCGCAAGGUGGAAGGUGACAUUUGGGCACUCGAGAAGGAUAUGAAAGACUACCUGAUGGAGGUUACUGGAAGAGAUCUACCUACACAAGUUAAUGAAGUGACUGGAAGCAUUAGAGUGAAGGGCCAUUUUGAUAAAGAACUUAAGGAAUGGCUGCUAAGCAAAGGUUUUUAAUUCCACAAUAACGUCCCUGCAACAAUAAAAUGAUAAAUUAUUCUAAAAGCACUCUGUGGUGGAAUUGCUGUAAGGACACAAAACUGUAGUGUAUCCACAUUAAAUACAUAAUUGCAUUGUUUCACCCUCUGCAGUUGCCUUUUUUAUGUUUAAGAUUGUAUAUAGCACCCUGUGUGUGUGUGUGUGUGUGUGUGUGUGUGUGUGUGUGUGUCUGUCUGUCUGUCUGUCUGUUGAGAGUGGGGUCGUUUGAAGACUUUGAUGCAAAACUCUGUAUAUGGUCCUGUUGCAAAAAUAAAUGGAUAGUUGCUAAUCA